AUUGGCAUUUGACUGGCUACAAGAUUCAGGAACUCAAGCCAACGAGAAGCGAUUGACCUUUUCGAACGCUUGUCGAGCUUUCAAGUUUCAAGUAUAAAAUACCAAUUACCUACGCGGCUACAUCGACAGGCAAUGCGUUACCCAAAGGUCCACAUUUUGCGAUACCCUUGAGUGGUUGUACGCGGUUCGUAAAAUGCACUUUCGGACAUUCGACAAGAGCCUACAAAACGCAAUUGUCCGCCAUUUUGAAAACCAAUGCCUAACAACAACGGCGGCGUAGCGGCACACCCGCUUGCCUUGAGAAAAUCGUUUUACCGAUAAAAUACUCACGACUGAAAGGUAAAUCCGGCAAUAUAAACUACUGACACGGUAGUCAGUAGCCCUCAGAAGUUUUCUGCUUCCAGUUCAAAUAACAACAGAAGACACUAUUAUUGUACAAAACUCAACAACAAUAAAUUCUCGGAGCAGUCUGUAUUCAACAAGCUCAAGUGGAUACACUAUGCAACUUACUUGUAGAAAAUGAUGGUGUUUUACCUCCAUGUAUUUUUAUCCAUGGCUUAGCUUCUACUGGUAAGACCAGUGUAAUCACUCGUCUUCUGCAUCACAUGAACAAAGCUGUCAAAUCAUCUAUCAUAAAUUCUGUGUGCUGUUACACACCUAGAUUUUUAUUUGAACCAAUAUUAAAAGAUCUAUUAGGAAACGAAAAUAUUGAUUCAUCAUAUCGUUGUGAAAACUUUAUGCAAUUUUUAAAUGCAUUGAAAAAUGCCAAUAUUCAAAAUCAACAAACAGUCAUAGUAUUGGAUAGGUGUGAGAUGUUAGAAUGUGAACAAAUAACUGUGUUUGCCAAACUACAGGAAUUAGUACAAAGUUAUCAGCUUUGUGUUAUACUUGUCAGUCAAGUUUCACCAGCCAAAUUUAAUGAUGAUUUUGCUUACAUACCUGUAGUUUUUGAACAGUAUAACAGUACUGAAUUAGGAGAAAUAUUAUUGUUAGACUGCCCUACAGAUUGGAAUACAGAUUUUUAUAAAAAUUUUCUCAAUGUCUUCAUCGGAUCUUUUUGUGGAAGUUGUCGAGAUUUGAUUGAAUUAAAACAUUUAGCAAACAUAGUAUUUUCAAAAUAUAUUGAACCAAUUAAAGAUGGAUCCUGUGUUGAAUCAAAUCAGAAUUUAUUAUACCGAAAAAUUAUUCCAACCAUUCAGUGUUUAUCAAACAGUGUCUACCUUGGCACUAGUAUAGAUAGUUUGGACAGUUUGAGUAAUAUAAAAUCUAAGUUCGAAAUGUUGGCUUUGGAUUUACCAUAUUAUGCAAAAUAUUUUUUGAUUGCUGCAUAUAUUGCAUCAUUCAAUUUGCCAAAGUAUGACAGAAGACUGUUUGUGAAAGGAUCUGAUAAACGUAAAAAGAGAUUUAACACAAAGAACUCAAAAAAAACAGAAAAUACUACUAGUGAUUUAGUUGGACCUAAAAUAUUUUCAUUGGAUAGAUUACUAGCAAUAUUUUACGCCAUCAUUGAUGAAAACACCAAUAUGACAGCUAAUCUAUUGGCCCAGGUCAACACGCUAGCUGACUUGGGACUUCUUGUACGUUUAGGUGAUGGGAAAUUGGACACUCCUAAGUAUAAAUGCAGUGUUAGUUAUGACUGUGUAAAUAAUAUAGCACGGACUGUCAAGUUUAAUAUAAAUAAAUACCUCAUUGACAGCAAUUGAAUCACACAAUUUAAAAAAAAACUAUAUUAUUUGUAAUAUAUUAUUAUAUACUUAAUUUGAAUGAAUAUUAUUUUUAUA